AUGCUAUCAACACGAGCAUCAUGGAUGUCCCAAGUUAAGACUGCUGGGGCAUCUAUAAGGAGCCUACGAUCCUACAGCAGUGCUCCGCCUUCAAAGUACGCGGAUACACGUCGUGCACGACUGUCACGAUUAUGGCUGCCUACACCAGGUGCGACAACAGGCUCUGAGCAUGAGGAUAGUCAUGCGAAACUGAUCAGGGCCGGUUUUCUCCGGCCGUCACAUGCUGGCAUCUUUCAUAUGCUGCCGCUUGGGCAAAGGGUUAUGGAAAAGCUCGAAAAGCUGAUCGACAAGCACAUGCAGGAUGUUGGCGCUCUCAAGGUGUCUCUGUCGUCGAUAUCAUCCCAAGCGCUGUGGGAAAAGACUGGUCGUCUAGAGGGAUAUGGUCCGGAACUGUUUCGUUUCGCCGACAGAAAAGAGACUGGCUAUCUGCUUGCGCCCACCCACGAAGAGGAAAUCACAUCCUUCUUCACCUCUCAUAUCUCAUACAGAAACUUGCCGCAGAGAAUCUACCAGAUCAGUCGCAAGUAUAGAGACGAACUCCGGCCGCGACACGGCCUCUUGAGAGGGCGAGAGUUUGUCAUGAAGGACUUGUACACUUUCGACGUGGACGUGGAGACGGCAUUGCAGACAUAUGCCGAAGUCAGAGCCGCCUAUUCACGGCUUUUUGAUGAGUUGAAGCUCCCCUACUUGGUCGCCGAGGCCAGUUCAGGAGAUAUCGGAGGAGACCUGAGUCAUGAAUACCAUCUUCCUUCGUCGGUGGGAGAGGAUAAUGUCAUUAGCUGCGACAGCUGUUCAUACGUUGCCAAUGAAGAGCUUGCAGUUUCCAAGCCUCGAUCGUAUGCUGAUGGUCAGGACAAGACUUCAGUGCAGAGGACAUGGCACGGCCUCACAAAGGACCGCUCUACUCUUAUUGUUGUCAAUUUUAGAGCUUCGUCCGACUCUGCCCACCCUGCAAUCAACACACAUGCCAUCAAGGCCAUUGUGCCCGACUUGGAUCCAAGCAUUGAAGAUGCCGGUGCCGUAUGGCGUCGUUCUACUGAAGCCGAAAAGGCCAGUAUGAAGACUAUCCGUCUGGUUGACCAGAGCGACGCUGGCUUGAAAGAGGAAGAAACAUCGGCACCGGAUUCCGAAACAGUCAUGACCCAGCACCCUGAGACAGGCGAGCCUCUGAACCUCCUGCAAAUCCACGACGGCGAUGGCUGCGCCCAAUGCGACUCGGGCAAGCUUCGCGUGCAAAAGGCUGUCGAGCUCGGCCACACGUUCCACCUCGGCACCCGAUACUCGGCCCCCCUAGACGCCCAGGUCCGCCUUCGUGAGAACACCCUCGUCCCCAUCCAGAUGGGCUGCCACGGUAUUGGCGUGUCUCGCAUCGUCGGAGCCGUGGCGGACCACUUGGCGGACAAGAAGGGCCUCAACUGGCCCCGAGCUAUUGCCCCUUAUGAGGUUGUCGUUAUCCCCGGGCGCAACACCAAGGACGAAGACGGCAGUCUCGUCUAUGAUCACCUGCAGAAGCAUGACCGCAAUGGCGAGCAGCAACCCAUUGACGUUAUCCUUGAUGAUCGGACCGAGUCCUUUGGCUGGAAGAUGAACGACGCCGACACUAUCGGCUACCCGGUCAUUGUUCUACUUGGACGCAAAUGGGACGGUGAGAGGGUGUGCGAGGUACAAUGCAGGAGACUUUCCAUCAAAGAAGAUGUACCAUUUGAACAAUUGCCCGUAUUUGUCAACGACUUGCUGGCAAAGCUGUAA